CACUGAGGUUAAUCAUAUCAGGGGGGAACCAAUGUUUCACGGCUACUGUAACAGCGUUCAGCAAAAGCAACAAAUUAACCAUUUCUAGCCUCUUCUUCCACAGUCUAGCCUCUUCCAUUUACAUCCGGAGUUUCGGAGAGCUGACAUCCACGACGGCGGCCCUUGGGGAGUUUGACAGCAGCAUGGCCGCACUACGAGCAGCCAAGCAGGCUUUGAGAAAAGAAAUAAAGAAACGGGUUGCCGCUUUGACUGAUCAAGAGAAGGUUCGCCAGUCUCGUGUUGCCUCUCAAAAGCUGUUCCGUCAUCCAAAAUACCACAGCAGUCAGCGGAUCGCUGUGUUCCUGAGCAUGCAUGAUGAAAUUCGUACAGAGGAGAUCAUUGAAGAUGCCUUAGGGAAAGGCAAAGUGUGCUUCAUCCCCAAAUACCUGACGAACAGCAGCCAUAUGGACAUGCUCCGAGUGACCAGCCUAGAGGACAUCAACACAUUGCCUCUCACAUCCUGGAACAUUCGCCAGCCUGGAGAUGACGACAAUCAGAGGGAAGAGGCCUUGAACACAGGUGGACUUGACCUUAUCCUUAUGCCAGGGCUUGGUUUCGACAAAAGUGGCAACCGCCUGGGCCGAGGGAAGGGCUUCUACGACACCUACCUGGAGCGCUGCAUGAAACAUCCCAAAGGGAAGCCCUACACCAUCGCCUUGGCCUUCAAAGAGCAACUGUGUCCAGACAUACCAGUGGACGACCGGGAUAUCCACAUAGAUGAAAUCCUGUACGAAGACGAAUGAUCUGCUCAUGGAGUCGCGGAGACACCUUGUGCUUUAGUGAUCGCUUGGUGAGACCACUCAAGUGCCUUUUUAAGACCGGACGUGUCAGCAGUGCAAGCAGCCUGGUCUCUCUCUGGUGCUUUGCCGUUUUCCUGACUCAGGGUGGAAUUAACUGGAUGUAAUGAGCUUUCUCCAGAUGAGCACCCUGUUUUUAGCUGCCUGUGUUUGCGCAUCCAGAUUUCCCAGGGCUGCCUCUCUGUGGAAUGCUUAUCGUAAAGUUAUCCCCUUUUCCUGAAAUCCUCGAAAUGUGAAAUUCCUACGUCCAUCAUCACUAAGACUUAUCAUGCUAAUUUAAUUGAAUUAAGACAGUGGGGAAUUAAGUUAAAUUUCCAUAAACUUUCUAUAACCUUCACCUGUAAUCAUCUAAAUCUUGCUUUUAGAUGUUGUCUAUGGAAUUGCCUUCAAUAAAGGGACCAAAAUUCACACAUACCAAUCCCAUUCAGCCGUUAACACUAUAAAUGUCUAUACAUGUCUAAUGUUCUUGGCAUGGUACUUGCAUUUGUACUGUUUGAAUUGUUAACACACCAUGUUGAUCACAAAGCAAAUAAACAGUUAUACAUAUCCA